GAAGAAGAAGAAUUUGACUAGUUGUGGGCGCGUUGUGUUCCCUCGCAUCUCUGCUGCUUCAGUCCGCUGGUGUUGUGUUUGGGACACGGCCGACAGCUUGAGCCAUGAGUGAGUACAAGAUCCACCAUGAUGUGAAUGAAUUACUCAGCCUACUUCAUGUCCGAGGAGGUGAUGGAGCCGAGGGUUACAUCGACUUACUGCAGAAGCACAGGACUCCCUAUGUCACCACUACAGUCUCUGCUCAUAGUGCCAAGGUCAAAUUGGCAGAGUUCUCACAAACUCCUGAGGAUUUCUUGAGAAAGUACGAGGAGCUUAAGUCCAAAAAUGCUCGUAACCUUGACCCUUUGGUAUAUCUUCUCUCCAAAUUCUGUGAGGAUAAAGAGAUGCUCCAGUGUCUGCAGCAGAAUGCCAAAGAGAGAGCGGAGUCAUCAGCAAACACAACUUCAACUACAACUACCAGUUACACUCUGCCUCAGACCAGUACCAAGAUAUCAAUGCAGGAACUGGAGGAGCUGCGAAAGAAGAUUGGUAAUGUGACUGCAAGCUCCAGCGCGCCUUUGCCUGCUGAAGUCACACGGAAGAUGUUGAGGGACAAACACAACAAGAAGAACCCCACCCAGCAAAUUCCAGUUUUCCCUAACUGGGUGUAUGAGCGUCCGUCUCUCCUUGGCGACUUCAUCACCAGUCCCACCCCUGCAGGAGAUCCACCUGUGGCCAUAGGUACGCUGCCAAUGACUACUCAAGAACAAGCUGUAGUGGAGGAUCUGCUGUUUGUCCUGAUUGGAGUUGAUGGGCGAGAUAUCACAGCCCAGCCUGUGCUGGGGAGACAGAACCGAUCCUUCAUUGUUGAUUCAACACUGGACAUGUCUAUCAAAGAACUGGUCAACAGAAUAUUACCAGUUGCAUCAUAUUACUCCACUAUAACACGUUUCAUUGAAGAGAAGUCAUCUUUUGAGUAUGGUCAGGUGAACCACGCCCUGACAGCUGCGAUGAGGACCCUGAUGAAGGAGUACCUGAUCCUGGUCACUCAGCUGGAGCACCUCCAGCGGCAAGGCCUGCUGUCCCUGCAAAAGCUCUGGUUCUAUAUACAGCCAACCAUGAGGACCAUGGAGAUACUGGCAUCUAUCGCAUCCUCACUGGAUAAAGGAGAGUGUAUGGGUGGGUCUACACUGAGCCUCCUCCAUGAUCGAACUUUCAACUACACCGGAGACAGCCAGGCUCAAGAACUGUGUCUCUACCUCACGAAGGCAGCCAGCGUCCCUUACUUUGAAAUACUGGAGAAGUGGAUCUACAGGGGCAUCAUCAAGGACCCAUAUAGUGAGUUCAUGGUAGAAGAGCAUGAGCUGCAGAAAGAGAAGAUUCAGGAGGACUAUAAUGACAAGUACUGGGAUCAGAGAUACACCAUAGUACUGCAUCGCAUUCCCUCCUUUCUACAGAAAAUGGCAGACAAAAUAUUAAGCACGGGAAAAUAUCUCAAUGUGGUGCGAGAGUGUGGCCGUGAUGUGACGUGUCCUGAUGCCAAGGAGGUGCUGUACACCCUGAAGGAGAGGGCCUAUGUGGAGCAGAUAGAGAAAGCUUACAACUAUGCCAGCAAGGUCCUGCUAGACUUCCUCAUGGAAGAGAAGGAGCUGGUUUCUCGUCUGAGAUCCAUCAAGCACUACUUUUUGAUGGACAAGGGUGAUUUCUUUGUGCACUUCAUGGACCUGACUGAGGAAGAGCUCAAGAAGCCAGUAGACGACAUUGUUCCUCCUAGACUCGAAGCCCUGCUGGAGCUUGCUCUGAGAAUGAGCACGGCUAACACAGAUCCCUUUAAAGAUGACCUUAAGAUCGACUUGAUGCCUCAUGAUGUCAUCACUCAGCUGCUGCGAGUCCUGGCCAUUGAGACCAAGCAAGAAAAGGCCAUCAUCAAUGCAGACUCGACCGACGCGGCCCUCAGUGGACUGGAGGCCUUCUCCUUCGACUACAUUGUCAAGUGGCCGCUCUCACUCAUCAUCAACAGGAAAGCGCUGACGAGGUACCAAAUGUUAUUCAGACACAUGUUCUAUUGUAAACACGUGGAGAGGAUGUUGUGCAACGUAUGGAUCAGCAACAAGGAUUUCAAGCUGUACUCCUUAAAUUCUGCCAAAUGGUUUUCUGCCGCAUUUGCCCUUCGACAGCGGAUGCUGAACUUUGUGCAGAACAUCCAAUACUACAUGAUGUUUGAGGUGAUGGAGCCCACCUGGCACAUCAUGGAGACCAACUUGAAAACAGCAUCAAACAUUGAUGACGUGCUCUGCCAUCACACCAGCUUCCUGGACAACUGCCUGAAAGACUGCAUGCUGACCAACCCGGAGCUUCUCAAGAUCUUCUCUAAACUGAUGUCUGUCUGCGUCAUGUUCACAAACUGCAUGCAGCGGUUUACUCAGAGCAUGAGGUUAGAGCGCCUCUCUCUGGAGCAAGGAACUAUGGAUGGGCCUCCCAGUCAGAGUGAACAGGCUGAGGAGGCAGAGAAGAAGAGGCUAACCACAAAGCUUUUAGCUGAGCAUGUGGACGCUCUCCAGUCAGACGCAGGAUUUGAAGCCACCAUCAGCAAGUUUGACAGUAACUUCAGUAUGCUGCUGCUGGACCUGCUGGACAAGCUGAGCAUCUACAGCACCAAUGACUGUGAACACAGCAUGAUCAGCAUCAUCUACAGGCUGGAUUUCAAUGGAUUCUACACCGAGCGCCUGGAGAGGAUGGCCGUAGAGCGGAGUCAGAAAGCAGCAGUGUAGCCUGCUAUUAACCAUCACCCAGCAAUAAAGACAUCCUGUCCAUCAGUCAGCUGACCAGAUUUUUCCCAUACAGACGGCUGAUGUUGAUUCAAAGAGCUGAUACUUAAGUGUGUAUAUAAUAUAUUAUUUACUCUAUGAAGUGAGUUAAAAGUUGACAAGUUUGUGGCGUCAUUAAUGCUUCAGAUGUACAUUUUGCAAACUAAUAUGUUUAGUGGCCUAUGAAAAUUUAAAUCAUGACACUUCCUUUGGGAAAUGUGAAAAUGCGUCGUAUUGCACUUCAUUAAAACGUGACCUCUGCUUAAAUUAUACAAUAUUAUUUCCUGUUGCAGAUUAAAUGAUUCACCCAAAUCUAUUAUACUAUUUAACAAUAUGUAUAAUGGUCAUACAUUGUGAAGAAUUUCUUUUUUAAAUUGUCCAUGACUAACAAUGAAUUUGGGUAAGUUAGCUAACACAACCAGAAUCUGACCAGAAAUACAAGAAGACUGUCUUCAAAAUAAAAGUGCAUUACCUCAUACACAACCAUUGUGUAUGAGGUUUCUUCGUGUUUCUUCAUAUGCCAAAUAUAAACAUCUGUAAUUCUUGUGUACAGUGUUUGAAAUGAAUAAAUACAGACUACAAAGCCUCA